CAGAAAGCCGCCGUCCCUUCAACCGUCAAUCGGCCGCCAAAAUGCUCUUUUCAACACGUUCGAGUUUACGCCUCCUAACGGCACGGUCGACGCGCUUCGUUUCCUGGGCCAAUUACUCCUCGACUACCCCCCGUCUCACCGAAAGAUCCGAAAAUGCCAUCCCGACAAACGAUCCCAACCCGCAAAAGAGGGUAACGAGCAUAUCGGAGACCAACACAGUGCCAUUGGAUUCUAUGGGCGGACAAGAUGCUCCGUUGCAGGAGUCGGUGGAGCAAGCAAGCGCGGAACUCCAGAUGCAGGCUCCAAAUAGAGCGACCACCUGGGCCAGGAGCCAGCAGCCGAGGGAGUUGGCCAUGUCCGGCCCAAGAUUCGAGCAGACUAUCAUGGACUAUCAGCCACGCCCGUAUGCUGCUAUCGAACUGAUCCACAAACAACCUGUGAGAUGGACCAAAGAGAGGGUCGUUUCUUGUGAUGGUGGUGGCGGGCCACUGGGCCACCCGAAGAUCUUCAUCAACACUGAUAAGCCUGAGAUCGCAGUCUGUGGAUACUGCGGGCUUCCUUUCGCCCAUGAACAUAACCGCAAGUUCCUAGAAUCUCUUCCACACACCCCAUAUCCAUUAAAGCCACUCGGAGACCCAGCAGAAGUUCCUGAAUCCCAGCGGGUUACAGAGGGAGGGUUCGAGCAGCGAUAGUUAAAUUGUAUAGACAAAUACCAGCCUAUUUCUGUGUCUAUCCGCGCCUGACUCAAUUAUCCCCUACUCCUAUUGACUAAACAUGAUAGAAAUGACUUUUGACCGGGUCGAGGGCUGAUAUUGUUCUUCCACCGAUAUCUUCUUUUUGAAAAGAUUAUAUUGUACAAAUAUUGGUUUAUGUUGAAG